CUUCCUUCCUGCCUCUCUCUCUCGCUCCCUCUCUGUGUAUCUCUCUCAGUUCAGCAGUAGGCAAAGCUCUGUGCUAGCAGAGGACAGGACACAAAGUUAAGAGCUUUUACAUACAGAGUACAACUUUCACCUCAUCUUACCUGGCAGUCUACCAGUCUGGUAUGAGAUUGAGGACUUUCUUCAGAGGUAGGGGGGGAUGGGACUGAGAUGAGGUCUAGGUUGGCAAGGCAAUGUUGAGAUGGACAAGGACGGGAGGAAGUUGAAAGUGAGCCGCUUGCUGACCCUCUUCUUCCUCUUCAAGAAACACCAGACCAAUGCUUUGGCCAGCUGCAGCGUGCCACAGACAGGCAAUGAGACAGACGCCUCAUGUGAAGACCGUCAGAACAGAACCCGGUGUAUGGACAAUGAUGUCAUCAAGGAGAUCAACAUCACCAAUGUGGUCAAGGAGGGUUCAGAGAAAGCCGACGCCCGCCAGUUUGAGCUGCUUAAAGUGCUGGGCCAGGGCUCCUUUGGCAAGGUGUUCUUGGUGCGGAAGGUGACGCCUCCCGACGACAACGAGCUGUAUGCAAUGAAGGUCCUGAGAAAAGCCACCCUCAAAGUGAGAGACCGGGUGAGGACCAAGAUGGAGAGAGACAUCCUGGCAGAUGUCAACCACCCCUUCGUGGUCAAACUCCACUACGCAUUUCAGACAGAGGGAAAGCUCUACCUGAUCCUGGACUUUCUGAGAGGAGGAGAUCUCUUCACCAGACUGUCUAAAGAGGUGAUGUUCACGGAGGAGGAUGUGAAGUUCUACCUAGCGGAGUUGGCUCUGGGCCUGGACCACCUGCAUAGCCUGGGCAUCAUCUACAGAGACCUCAAACCUGAGAAGUAGGUGGAGCCUCAGCGG